GUUACCUACCUACUUGCCUGCCUCCAUUCUCUAUCUCCUCUGCGACAUACCUAAGGUAUCUAUCUCAUAUCCAGCAUCUUGCAGCCCUUACAUUCUCCUCAAACAACCCAAGCCCCUGAACUUGCAGGACGCGAUGUCAGCCACACAGGCAGACUAUAAGGACAGGCAGUUUCUUGCAGUGAUCGGAGACGAGGAUUCCGUCACAGGAUUGCUGCUCGCCGGCAUCGGUCAUGUCACUCCUCCUCCAGAUUCCCAAAAGAACUUCCUCGUGGUAGACAGCAAGACCGAUAAUGCUACAAUUGAGGCUUGUUUCGACAGGUUCACAACGGAGCGGAAAGAUAUUGGCAUUGUCUUGAUCAACCAACACGUCGCGGAUAGGAUACGGUAUCGAGUGGACACUUACACGGCAGCCUUCCCUACCAUACUGGAGAUCCCAAGUAAAGACCACCCGUAUGACCCAGACAAGGACAGUGUUUUGCGGAGAGUCCGCCGACUGUUUGGAGAAUGAGUACGCAAAGCCGGAGACCCUUGAACUGGGUAGUCCGGGUUUACGCGCCCUGCUUCAAGAGGCCAGAUGGGAUGUGUAAUCUCGAUGGGUAUUCAUUUUGAAUUUAGGGCGGAAGAUAAGAGUAAUGUCCUAGGAUACUCAUUACUGCCGCCAUGAGCUUGCGUAUGCUUUCAGACAACGAUGCAGACUAAGAACUGGAAGAAGACGCAGCAAACUUCAAGAAACCAAUAAUGCAGACAACAAACUGUCAACAGGCAACAGAUAACACCCCAUCCAAUGCUAUGUUACUCUCAUCAUGGCUCAUUCGCCUAAAACCCCCAGUGCUCUUGCAGG